UCCGCACCACGCGCCUUCAGUCGUUACCGUUGCUUCGGCCUCUUCCUUGAGUCCCGUUGCUCUCCGCUUCUCUUCCCAGGACCGAUCGACCUAACCUUUGGAAUCCGGCGAGAACGACGACGAGGAGGUCCAGAAGCUGCCCUCCUUGGAGACAAGGUGGUUUGGGUGUUGCAGCAUGAAGUCUGCGAUGCCCUAUGUUCAUUCAGAUGGUAAAUAGUUUUGAAGAUCUCUUAAUUUAGUUCAUCUCCAUGCAGAAGUAACGGAGUGUGAUGGUAUCUCUUCACUUCUCUUGCACUUUAUUAUUUUGGGUAUGUUAAGACGAUAUGCCCCGCCCGAUGGUAUGUGUGAAGAAUAUCCAUUUUCCAAUAGCUAUUUUUCUCCAUAGCUCUCAUUUUCCAGCUGGCGUCCAUAUCUUCAGUCUAUUCCAUGACCCAUGAGGCGCAAUUUUUUUUUAAUGUUUAAAGCAUGUGGGCUGUAAUCAUCUGCUAAACAAUUUUGGCUGAUUAGUACAUUUCAACUUCUCUCUCUCUCUCUCUCUCUCUGGGGGUUGCAAUGAAGGUUGUUGAUGAAAAUGUAGUUUUGCAAUCUGAGUUCGUCCUUGCAAUGAGCUCUUGUCAGUGCUAGUGCAAACAUGUGCAUAUUUCCUAUCUACUCUUCUUGUUGAGUUAGUAAGUUUUUGUGCUUUCAUGGGUGUUCCCUUUCUGGUCUAAUUUGUUUCUUUAAAAAUUACACAUUUUACUCCAAGUAGUUUCUCCAUGUUUCUACGUUGUAAAUUUUUUUCAUGUCAUGUUGUUUUUUUCUUAAUUGUUAUACUUGUAUAUUCACAGAUAUGGUAAGGCUGGGUUUCUGGCGAAUUUUUAUGAUAUCAUAAUGCAAGAACCUCGGCCAAGUGCCAAGUAGUUCUUGAUUUAAGUAGAUCGCAGUUGUCGGUGGUAUGGUGGUGGGAUUUAAACAGGAGAUGUCUUUUUUAUUUUCUGUAAUAGUUCUUGAUGGUUCAGUCUUACAGUUUGUGGUUCUUGAAACUUUUUGAUUGCGGGCAUGUUUCAUAUUUGUCUUUGGUAAAUGAACUUAUGUAAUUUUUUACUAGAUAUGGCUUCUGAUCUGACGGGUGAUAUUAAUCAUUUCCUUUCCUAAUCCAUGAUUUGUUCUACAUUUCAGGUUAUCUGAGGCCUUAGUUGUUUUUCCUCUUUUGUGUUUCCAGAUAUCCCUGAUGUUUGCUCAUUUGCUAAUUUGAAAAGGCAGCAAAAGUUUCCUUUCAGGACAAUGCUUUCUUUUGAAUGUUAGGCUGUUUUUGGAGUUUUUCCAUGACAUUUUUUUUCCCUACUGGGUUCGGUUUACCUUAAAUCGGUUGCUUUUUCAUUAUCAUGAUUCAUCUAAAUUUUAAUAGGUUUCAUGCAGAUAAGAUGUUGCUAUAGGAGGAAUGAAGAUAUCGAAGUUAUUAAUCUUGUAGAAGUCAUCUGGUUCAUUUCAUUUGACUAGAAAUGGCAUUCAAUAUUUUCUUGUAGGUAACUCAAGAUGGCUAGAGAACACCAAAAUUGCAUGUUUUAACUUGUAUGAAUCUAUAUGAUUACCUUUGUUUGAAGCAGUAGUAUUGCAUUUUCUGAGAUGUAGCUGAGAUAAAGGCUCUCAGAUUGCUAUGGCUACCCUCAGACAUGGAGGUCAUUUGACAUCCUGAAGUUAGCAUCCAACGAAAACAGUGAAGCUCAGUUAAAGUAGGUAACGAAUACGAACUAUAAUAUCUUGUCGAUUACGAAGAUAGCCCUGUCACAGGUUAUAGUGACCAUGACACAAAUAUCUGUGAGCAAUAUUUUGAUUCAUGAUAGAAUUAAAAUAUGUGAAGCAUGAUUUACGAAUUUAUUUGCAAUAUAAAUGGAACUAUUUUUAUGAAAGAUGGAUGAUUUGUUCAUGCAUUUUUUUGUUUUAUGACUUGAUAUACUGUACUAUAAAAUGCUUAUUUUGAAAUAUCUAUUAUUUUUUUUAAAUGAUGCAUUGAUAUGAAAAAAUUUAUGCUUGAUCUGGUAAGGUAAAGUAAGAUUUACUUAUUGAGUUGUGUCGCUUAUAUACCUCUAUUUUUAUUUUUCUCUCUUCAGACGAAUAAGGUCGAUAGAAACAAAUGAUGAUCUAGGCUUGAAGUUUGCGCUAGCAAGCUUGGCAAUUUUAUACAAAUUUUUAGUAUUUUAAGUUGACUAUGAAUUUAGAGUUAAUAUUUUUUGAAUAUUAAGAAUUAUGGGUUUGGUAUUUAUGUUUGGAUUUAGACGCUUUGAACUAGUAUUGGUUACAUUUAAUGAAUAAUAAAAUUAAAUUUUUAUUUAUUAUAUUUUGUUUGAGAUAGAUUUUAAAGCUAAAUAUAAUGUUGGAUUCGUGUUAUCGUGGAUUGUACCCCUCAAUAGCAUGGUUGUGUUAUGUCUCGAAUUUGAGGCAUGACAUUUUAUGGUAUCAAAGCAAUAGGUUUAAUCAUAGGUGAAACUUCAAGUUUAGCAAUAGGUAGUUAGGUCUCAUUUAUUUAGAUUUUGUGUAGUUGAAUAAGAAAAGAUAGAUUUUCUUAUUUUACUGUUGCUCAACUAUGAAAAUUGAUUAAUGUUAAGUAUUUUCAUAGGUGACAAUCAGCAACAGAGAGGAGGAAGUCUUGGCAAAUUUUGCUGCCAAGAGGAGAGGAGCUAGAUGGACCAUGACAGAAGAUGCCAACCUGCCGGUUGAGCAAGCUCCAUACGCAUCAGCCACUCGGGCAUACAUUGCUAGAGUAUGCCAGGUGGUGGCUCAGCUCCUUCAGCAGUAGCAGCAGAUGCAGGCCACUCCUAGACCUGCACCACCUCGAGAGUCCUAUUACGAGAGAUUAAAAAAGCUCAACCUACUGAUGUUUGAGGGGGGAAGCUGAUCUUUUGACCGCAAAGACUUGGAUUUAGGAGAUGGAGAAGAUGUUCGAUGCACUGCAGUAUUCCGAGGAUGUAAAAGUUAGAAUGGCCAUACCGAUGCUUAGGGAAAUUGUUGAGUUUUUGGUGGAUUGCUAUAAAAGCUGCUAAUGGAAAUGAGGAUGACCAGUUGACGUGGGAAGAGUUUAAGAAAAAUAUUUUAUUAUCAAUACUUUUUCAAGUCGGUGAAAUUAGCAAAGAAGAAUGAGUUUUUGGCCUUGGGGCAGAAGGAUCUUAGAGUCCGAAAGGAGUAAGGCUAACAGAUUUGAACAGGCUUUGGGGUAUACGAUCUGGUCUCGUUUGGCGUCUUACCUCUUCACUAGUUAUAAAGAUGUGUUGGAAAGAGCUCUAAAGGUUGUAUCAGAAUUGAAGAGAUAAUCGAAGGGAAGGGGCGACAAGAAGAGGACCAAAACGACAGGAAAGCAGAACAACCAAUCAAAGAACCUUGAGGACAAUGCAAACAACAAGAAAAAAUUUGAGGCCUGUGCCUACUGCGGCAAGUUUCAUGCUAGGCAUUGUCUCAAGAAUUUGGAAGCUUGCUUUGCAUGCAGUCAAUCAAGACAUUUAGCACAGGACUGCUCGAACAAAAAGAAGAAUGACUUUGGACUACUAAAUCUAGUGCUCGUGUUUUUGCAUUGACUCAGUAAGAUGCCAGUGCCAGCGAAGAAGUAGUGGCAAGUAUAAUUCUAUCAACUUAAUAGAUGCUUCUCUAUUGUUUGAUUCUGGCUCUACGCAUUCUUUUGUAUACACCAAGUCCUCUGCAUCUUGGAAUCAUAUGCCUAAAAAAUUAGAUGAGCCAUUGUAUGUUGUUACUCAUCUUAAGAAGAUAAUAGUUGUUGAUACUGAAAAUUAGUAAAAGACUUAGUGCAGCUAGAUAUGCAUGUUUUUUAUGUUAUUUUUGGGAUGAAUUGGUUAUCUGAAUAUCAUGCCCAUAUUGAUUGCUUUAGAAAAAGGGUAGUAUUCCAGAUAUCGGGUGAGCUAGAAUUUUUCUAUCAGGGCUAUGCGCCCAUUGUGAAGUUCAUGCAGUGUAAGCCCUCUCUACACAUCAUUUUGCUAUAUGUUCAAGGAAGGUGCUAAGAAAGGGUGCUAGGCCUAUCUAGCCUAUGUGGUAGACAUUUAAAAGGAAGCGAGGUUAAAUGAUAUUUCCAUUGUUAGAAAAUAUUCAAAUAUUUUUUCGAUGAAUUACUCGGACAACCCCUAGAUUGGGAGACUGAUUUUGAAAUUGAUAUCAUGCCGGGAGCUGGACCAAUCUCCACGUCUCUUUAUAGGAUGGCCCUGCAGAAUUGCGAGAAUUAAAAGUCUAUCUAUGGAAACUCUUAGAGAAGAAAUUUAUCUGCCCUAGUGUCUCCAUGGGAAGCUCUCCUGUGUUAUUUGUGAAGAAGAAAGAUGGAAGUUUGAGGCUGUGUAUUGGUUAUAGGAAACUGAAUAAGGUGACUGUGAAGAAUAAAUAGCUCUUGCUCCGAAUUGAUGAUCUGUUUGAUUAACUGCAAGGUGCUCAAGUCUUCUCAAAGAUAGAUUUGCGGUCUGGUUAUCAUAAGUUCAAAAUAAAAAGUGAGGAUGUGCCUAAGAUUGCAAUCCAAACCAGGUAUGGUUAUUAUGAAUUCAUUGCUGUGCCUUUUGGACUAACUAAUGCACUAGCUGCCUUUAUAGAACUGAUGAAUAGGAUCUUCAAGCAGUUCUUGGAUCAAUUUGUCAUUAUUUUUAUAGUCUAUUCUAAGAGUAAGGAAGAACAUGAAAAUCACUUGAGAGUGGUGCGACAAACUCUGUGAGAGGAGAAGCUCUAUGCCAAGCUGAGCAAAUAUGAAUUUUGGUUGGAUAGCAUUUUUCGGGCAUGUGAUUUCUAAGAAAGGAAUUUUAGUAGACCCAAAGAUAAUAGAAGUAGUGGUGAACUGGCCUCGUUCUAUUAAUGUGAUUGAAAUCAGAAGUUCUUGGGUUUGGCUAGGUACUGUAGGAGGUUUGUGGAAGGAUUUUAUUGGAUAGCUGCUCCUUUUACCUGCUUAACCUAGAAAUAAGUAAAGUUUGAAUGGAAUGAAGAUUGUGACCAAAGCUUUUAAGUAUUAAAACAAAGGUUGGUAUUUGCACCAAUUCUCACUUUACCAUCCAGUCCUAAGGGUUUCACCAUCUAUAAUGAUGCCUCCAAGAAAUGGUUGGGUUGUGUACUAAUACAAAAUGAUAAAGUAGCGGCCUAUACCUCUAGACAGCUAAAGUCUUAUGAGCAGAACUAUCCAAUACAUGAUUUAGAGUUGGCAGCGGUAGUCUUCGUUUUAAAUAUUUGGCGACGCUACCUAUAUGGGGAGCAUUGUAAAGUUUUCACUAACUACAAAAGCUUAAAGUACCUAUUUAUUCAAAAUGAGCUAAACAUGAGACAAAGAAGAUGGCUUGAACUGCUGAAAGAUUAUGAUCUAAACAUUAAAUGCCAUUUUGUAAAAGCUAAUAUGGUGGCUGAUACUCUCAGUAGGAAGCCAGCGAUGGGCAUAAUAGCUUUACUUACUAGCUAAUAUCAAAUUCUAAAGGAUCUCGAUAAGAUGCAAAUUGAGGUGACUAUAAAAGGUGCUAAGAAUAUGCUGGCUAGUUUAAGGUUGUAAUAAGCUUUGAUAGAGAGAAUAAAGACUGCACAACAGAGCAAUGUCUAUUUGUGUCAACUCAAAGAAGAUGUAGAAAAGGAGUUGCGACCCAAAUUUAGAAUUCACUAGGAUGGUAUUUUGCAAUUUGGAAACAGAUUGUGUGUACUAAGAGAUCCUAUCAUAAAGAAAAAAAGUGUGGAGGAAGCACAUCGGUCUCGUUUCUUUUUAUCCUGAUAGCCUAAAGAUGUAAAGAGAUCUAAGGGAGCACUUUUGAUGGAAUGACAUGAAAAGAAAAUUAGCUAGAUUUGUAGCCCGGUGCUUGGUAUGUCGGCGGGUGAAAGCUCAACAUCAAAGACCUGCUGGGUUGUUGGAGCCAUUAGAGAUACCGAAAUGGAAAUGGAAAUAUAUCACUAUGGAUUUUGUCAUUGGGCUUCUAAGGACAACUAAAAAAAGGCAGUGUGGGUGAUUGUUGAUCGCAUCACAAAAUCAGCCCACUUUUACCCUUUAGGGUUUGCACUCCACUUGAUAAACUGGCACGAACAUAUAUUGAUGAAAUCGUGCGCCUGCACGACAUGCCAGUAAGCAUAGCAUCUGAUCGGGACCCACAUUUCUACCUAAAUUCUAGAGGAGUUUUUAAGAUGCAAUGGGAAUUGAAUUGAAGCUCAGCACAGCUUUUCACACUUGGACUGAUGGCCAGUCAGAAAGAACGAUUCAGACUUUGGAGGAUAUGUUGAGGGCAUGUACGGUUGAUCAUGGAGGUUGCUGGGAUAAUCAUAUAGCUUUAGUGGAAUUUGUCUAUAAUAAUAAUCGUCAUCCCAGCACCACCAUAGUCGUUUUGUUGUUUGGUUUUGGAUCGAACCACUUUAGUUCGGUGAAAGCCUCUAUGAUUGUCAAAGUAAGUGGACCACUAUUCUUGGCACUUUAUGAAGCUUUUUAUGGAAGGAAGUGUAGGUCUCCACUGCACUGGGAUGAUGGUGGUGAAAAGAAGCUAUUGGGUCAUGAGUUAGUCCAAAAUGCCAGAGAGAAAAUUUUAUUGAUCAGGGAAAGACUUAAGGUAACUCAAGAAUCAAGAUAGACAAAGAUUUGGGCAAAUAAGAAAAGAAGAGAAAUGAAAUCUAAGUGGGUGACUUUGUUUUUUUAAAGGAUUCACCCUCAAAAGAUGUUAUGAGAUUUGGAAGGCGUGGUAAGCUGAGUCCUCGCUACAUCGGGCCCUUUGAGAUUUUCGAUAGAGUAGGAGAAGUUUUUUACAAAUUAGCCUUGCCACCUGAGCUCUCCAGUGUACACAACAUCUUCCAUGUUUCUUUAUUGAGAAAGUACAUUCUGGAUCCGAGUCAUGUGGUGGAGUAUGAGCCAUUGCAAGUUGAAGAAGAUUUGACUUACAAAGAGGUUUUUAUACAUAUUAUUGGUUGCAAGGAGCAAAAUUUGAGGCGACACACUAUUUUCUAUGUGAAGGUUUAGUGGAGAAAUCAUUUGAAAAUAGAGACUACUUGAGAGCUCGAAGGAGAGAUAAAGCCAACUAUCUACAGUUUUUUAAAACUUCAAGUGUGUUAAUUUUGAGGAUAAAUUUUUUAAGGAGAAAAGAAUGUGAGGUCUAUUGACCGGUCUGCACUAGUUUUUGGCUUGUGGGUUGGCCCAAAGAGGCCUCCCAGCCCUUCACGUUGCCGCACAUGACAAAUUGGGAGAGGACUCCGGCUGGGAGUCUCUUUUCUCUCCGAUUGUGACUGCGAUCGCGAUUGAAGUAGCUCUGUUUCAAGCUAAUCCAAACACCAAAAAGUUCAAAUUUUUGUCUUUAUAAGACUUCCUAUCCUCCCCCUUUAAGACCCACCAAGGAGUAGGGCUAAAGUUCUCUCGAUUUCAAGCUUUGUUCUCAAGGUUCAUCCUUCUGUUUUUGCUAGGAAGAGUCGUCGGGUAGCUUCGUCAUAUUGAGAUAACUUUGUGGUGUGAACGUAACGUUCGCUUCGUGUUAUUGCGGACUGUACAUAGUAGGGCCGUCUUAUAUUACGGUUUAGGGCGUGAGGGCAAGCGAGAGUUACGACGAUGGAGAGGAACCUACGACAACCGGAUAGAUUAAGCGAGCUGCCGGACGACGUCCUUCUAUCCAUCCUCUCCCAGAUUCCGCACAGAGAAGCGGCCGCCACCGCCAUCCUCGCCAGGAGGUGGCGUUAUCUGUUCUCCUCCCUCCCCUCCCUCUAUCUCACCCGCUACUCCCUCCUCCCCGCGGAGGACUCCGAUCAGUCCUCCGAUGGCGAGUUCGAACCCAGCCGCUGGCUCGACACCGUCUUCGCCAUCCUCGCCGCCCGCCGCUGUCCCCUUGUCGCCGUCCACUUCGAGUUCGAUAUCGUGGACCACGACGCCGAUGCGGUGUCCCAAGUCCUCCACUCUCUCUGCGACUCCGGCGUCGAAGAACUAUCCAUCGCCCAAUUUUCAAAGCCCUUUUAUGGGCUCCCUUCCGGCGUCCUCAGCUGCAGAACGAUCAAACACUUGAUACUAAAUCGCUGCAGGCUAACAAUUCCCUGCACAUAUCCAGGCCUCCAAUGCCUUACCUCUCUCUCCUUGCUGGUUGUCUUCAUCACUGAUGAAGAUUUUAGAAGACUGGUCUCUCGUCUCCAUGCCUUGGAGGACCUGACAGUGGUUUACUGCUCCAAGUUGACCAACCUGGUGAUCUCUGCUCCUGUUCUCAACAAGUUGGCCAUUAGUACCGUCAAGCCCCUGAAUAUUGUUCUAGAAAAUGCACCCCGUCUGGCCUCGGUCACCGUCAAUUUCGCAUACCUCUUUUAUGACGGGAGCUGGAGGAACAACGAUGAGGACGGUUGCAGUCACGAUCGUUGGUACCCCAAUGAUGAGGAUGAAGAAAGUGAGGUCAGCAGACUUAUUAGAUUCUUGAUGCAAUUGAGCCAUAUUGAAAGCCUUACUCUGAAAUUUCCUCUGCCGUAUAAUAUGCGAUUGGACAGAGAGAAUGUGUCGUUACCUAAGAGUUUACCAUCUGGACAUUUCUUGAUGAACUUGAAGAAGCUAGAUCUAAGCAUGCACUUUGAUGACAAAUAUUUUCUUUUGAUUUUAACUUGCCUGCUUAAUAGCUCGCCGAAUCUUCGGGAGCUCAUCGUUAGACAAGACAAGCCCAAUGGAUGUGCAAAACUCGCUGAGGCGGAUUAUUGGGACAAACAGAUUCCUCCAGAGUGUGUAAGGAAUCAGCUGUCAACUGCUACGCUGUUCACUCACUACGAGGUUUGGAACAACUGGCUCGACUUGGCAUGGUUUCUGUUGUCGUACUCGCGUGUUCUGAACAGGAUGAUUAUUAGUUACAGAGAGGAGUCAUACAAUCAAUCUGCAUGGAAGGAAUUGUUUCUUCUGCGAAGUGCUUUUCCUGGUGUCAGAAUUGAAUAUAACACCGAAUCCAGGUUAUAAUUGGCAGGUCUAUUAGAAAAUCCCAGAGUGAUGCUUAUAUCAUGCGGCCUGGAUUUUUGUUGCUAGUAUAUUUGGAAGUCGUAUUUGUGGAUCUUGGUGCACUUGUUUUGUACCAAUUGCCUUGCAGUAUGUGUACUUCAACUGCUUAUUUUUCUACUUUUCUGCACCUUGUUAUUGAUGUAUUCUUUAAUUUGGAGUCUAACAUGAGUCUAACAUUGCACAUGGCGAACUGUCAUUUUUAUUCUUCAUAUAGGCAAGUGGAACAAAUAUUAUGCUACAGACUCACUGAUUUGUUGAUUUUGCCGAAUGAGAAGCGGCAAUUUGUGCCCAUUAGUUUACCAGGAAUAUCCAUAAUUACUGAGGAUUUUGUUACAGUUCGUUGAUAUUUUAUUUUAAUUGUUUGAAUUAUUGAUCUGAACCAUUGGUAGAUACAGGAUAUUAUGGGAACUUAUAGGAAAUUAGUUGGCACCUGGUUUCUCUUUCUAUUAUUUUUCCUCUUGACCUCCUUGGACAAUUGUCAGAGUAAUGGCAUCUUCCACUUUAGAGGUCCUAGACUCCAAUAAUGGCCAGGAAGCAGCCAGUUCUCUUGCAGCUGACAUUGUGUUGAGAGAGAGAGUGUUUUACACUGUUGUGUUGGGAGAUUACUGACAACCAUAAUGGUUGCAGCAUGAUAAGGAAGGAAAAAGAAAAGGAGUGGUGGAGUCUUUUAAAUUGGAAACGAAGUUUUAGAGAACUAUGAAAGUACCUUUAAAUUUCACUCUUAUUGCUGGUUGAAAUGGUAAAUUGUCCGAGCCAUCAAUUUUUGAGUGAGUGUCUCGGAAUAUGAACUGUUCGGAUUUGCUUGGAGCACUUUAGAAAAACCCAAACAUUAAAUGUCUUUGUAGCUGGUGAUAUUAGUAUAUUACCUAUCAUACAUCAUAAUAGUUCUAGUACCAUAUAUAUUGUAUUGCUCGCUUCUUUCAUGGAAGUCUUUCUAUUUUCUUAGGUUGUGCCGAGGUCAUUAGAAAUCAUUGUUAUAAAUGAGGCCACUAGUUUCUUUCGCAUUUUAGCGCAACAAAAGCUCUGGCUGUUAAUUUUUUUCUUUACCACUACCAUUGUACUUGAUGGAGGUUCUUCUCUGUUUCUUGUCAUCUCAGGGUUCAUCUUCUUUUUAGAUUUAUCUUGUGGAUAAGGCUUUGAAGAAUGCACGCUUCUCUAAUGAAAUGCAGUUAGUGUUCAUCUGGAAGGUCCUUGUUCUGAACAGCAAAAGAUUUUUCCUUAUAAUACCAAAAUUUGUCUUAAAUUUCUUGGAGUUCAAACCGGAAGCUGCUUUCUAUACUAGAAUAGAUAUGCAUUAUAGAAGACUUCCUCUCUUGUUCAACUUUCCUUAACUUACAUUAACUGUUUAGUUUAUGUGAAAUGUGUGUUCAGACCUGUCUGUAAACUAAUGCUAGCAAAGAAAUAAGUUAUUAUGCUCUGACGGUUCCUUGGAAUUUACAGUUUAAGUUGGUAAUCUGUAAAGUUAAUUAUGGUAGCCUUCUUUUAAAUAUGAGCAGGAAAUUAAUAGAUCAUUUGAGAUCUAAGUUCUAGGAUAUAUAUGCUGGUAUAUGAGGCACAAAUUGACCAUAGUUGGAAGGAUGGCCUUAAUUAAUUAUUAUUUGACUCUGGCGCUAGUGAAAAAUACGGUUAGGAUUGAGUUUGUAGGACGACGGAUGUGUAGAUAUUGGAUGCCUAUGCAAUUUCUGUGAUUAUUGGUUGGUAUAGCAAAUGAACAAAUGAUGCCCUGCUAGGCUUUUGACUUUUUGGGAGGUCAUCUGUGCAUCUCUCAUUUCCAGUUCAGAUAUGUGAUCAUAUGCUAGUUUGUCAACACAGUUCUUCAGUAUUUUUCAGUUUAAGUUGGUAUCCUGACAAACUAGUUUGGCAGCUUUAUUUAUACUUCAAGAGGAAAUGAUGUAUCUCUUGAGAUGUCUGUACUAGAAUACACUUGCUCAGCUUGCUGUAGUUUAGGAUUUGAUUAUUGAAAAUAAAUAAUGAUGCAUCCUAACAAAUUUUGUUCUUGGAUUUUUUAAAAUAAAAACAGAAAACAAAAGCAAUACCAAAAAGGGCCCCUUUUUUUUAAAAAAAAUAAAAUAAAUUUUUCUUCAUUUUAAUCAAAAAAGAAACAUGACGAUCUGAAAGCUGAAGGAAGCUUUUUGGGUUUCAAACAUGAUUAGCGACAUUAAUUUUAGAAAAAUUCGAAACAUAAUCAACCUAUUAAUUCUAUGAUUAAGAUUCUGGUGAGGAAGGCAGUCAUAUUUGUUUUAAGGAUCAUGAUGGUGUUGGAUGCUAGAUAUCUAACAUGGAAAUACUUGUAAAAUAUUUGCUUGGUAAAAAGUGGAAGUUUCUCAUAGCUAGACCUAAUAGUGAGGAGGAAUCGUAAUGCCAAUGCCAAAGCUUGUUUUAACUUGGUCGGAUUUACCAUCUCAACAUAGUUGGUCAUGCCACUUGUCUUCAUAUGUCAAUGUUAUGGCGUGAAGAUCGGUUUCCAACAGUGAUUUCUCAUGUGCUACAGGUCCCACCUAGAGUGCAAAAUCUGAAACAAUGCCUACACUUUCUUCUUGUAAUAUGAAGCAUGUGUAGUUUGCA